AUGGGGGUGUAUGGAAGUAAACAAAAGGUAGAGUCUGCUCCUUGCAGCAUCCUCACUGUCAAGAUAAUAAAAAUCAAGAAUCUCCGGAAGGCAGACCUUUUUACCCAGUCUGAUUGCUAUGUGACUUUAUGGCUGCCAACUGCUUCAAUGAAAAGAACCAAGACUCAGACUGUGAAUGACACCAAAGAUCCAGUGUGGAAUGAAAGUUUUCACUUCCGGAUUCAAAACCAAGUAAAGAACAUUUUGGAACUUAAAGUCUGUGACGAAGACAAACAGACUGCAGAUGAUCAUCUUCUCACUGUUUUCUUUGACGUAUCUAAAAUCCAACUUGGAGAAACAGUUUGCCUCAGCUUUCAGCUGAAUCCAAAGGGUAAAGAGGAACUAGAAGUUGAGUUCACACUGGAGAGCAGCCCGGAUGUUCCAGAAAAGAUUUUUACUAAUGGCGUCUUGGUGUCUCGUGAAGUUGCCUGUAUGGAAGUUCAAGUGGAUGGAGGAAGAAUUAAAACAGAAAGAAAAUUCACCCUAUCUUUGGAUGGAUCCUAUGAAGAAGCUCAGAACCUCACACUACGUACCUGGCUUUGCCGUGCGUCUCCAGCUAAAUUCCACUAUAUCAAAUAUAACCAAUCAGAACUUGGCAUUGAACUGCCCAGAAGACAGCUAUGCGUGGCUUCCCAAGAAAGAAAUGAGUCAACAAUUGUUCCCUUGAACUCACUUCCUUUACAAGAGAAUGUGACUAUACCACCGAACAAAACAUUUGAUUUGAGUGUGAAGACAAAAGAUUGGACCCAGGGCCUGCUGUUUAAAAGGCCGAAAGAUCUGGAUGUACGUCUGAGUUAUGACCUGUGCUUGGAUGAACAGAAUUUCCUGACAAAAAGGAAGAAAGUGGUGGCUGCUACAUUGAAAAAUCUUCUUCAUUUAGGGGAAGGCCUGAAAGACCAGGAAGUGCCUGUCGUUGCUGUGACAACCACAGGGGGUGGGAUGAGAGCAUUAGCAGCUAUGUACGGCACUCUUUGGGGCCUCCAGAGAAUGAAGCUUCUAGACUGUGUUUCAUAUAUCACUGGUUCAUCAGGUACAACAUGGACCAUGACAGAUUUGUACGAAGAUGCUGAUUGGUCAUAUAAAGAUCUUGGGGAGAUAAUCAAGAAAGCUCGGAAGCAAGCCGCCAAAUCUAAAAUAAAUGCCUUUUCCUUGGAAAGUCUCAAGGCAUACCAUAAAGAGCUGUGUCUGAGGACCAUUGCAGGAUACAAGACAUCAUUUAUAGAUCUUUGGGGACUCAUGAUUGAAGCCAUGCUGAAUGAUGGGAGCAACAACCAUAAACUCUCAGAUCAGCGACGGGCAGUGAGCAGAGGUCAGAACCCUCUUCCUAUCUAUCUGGCUCUUAAUGUUAAGGACAAGAUCACCACAAGAAAUUUCAGAGAGUGGGUGGAGUUCACGCCGUACGAGGUGGGAUUCCUGAAAUAUGGAGCCUUUGUUCAAGCUGAAGAUUUUGGAAGUGAAUUUUUUAUGGGUCACCUGAUGAAAAAGCUCCCAGAAUCAAGGAUCUGCUUUAUGCAAGGGAUGUGGAGUAGUGUGUUUUCCAAGAAUUUGUUGGAUGCUUGGCAUGCAGCAGACAAUUCAGAGGAUUUUUGGAACAGGUGGACCCAAGACACUAUCACAGAAAUUGAGGAAAUACCUGAUUUGCCAGAGAAACCCCAUGAGAUGCCAACUCGGAUGUUUACCCCAGCAGGAAGCCUUUCUAGUUCUCUACGUGAUAUUGUAACAGAUCGCCCAUCAGUGUCCAAGUAUCACAAUUGUUUACGAGGGUUACAAAUGCAUAAUGAAUAUACCCAGAAUCCACAGUUUUGUAAAUGGAAAGACACAACUCUCGAUGACUCCCCUAAUCAGUUGCGAGAUCCUGAAGACAAUCUGGAACUGGUAGACACAGCAUUUUUCUUUGAUACCAGUUGUCCUCCACUUCUGAGACCAGAAAGGAAAGUUGAUAUCAUCCUGCACUUCAACUAUACUGGAGGAUCACAAACCAAGCCUCUGGAGAGGGCCUCCACAUAUUUCACAGAACAGGGAAUCCCAUUUCCCAAGGUGGAGCUAAGUGAUGAUGAAAAGAAGAACUUAAAGGAGUGCUAUGUGUUUGAAGACACAGACAACCCAGAAGCUCCCACCGUGAUCUAUUUCCCACUUAUAAAUGAUACCUUCCAAAGAUACCUUGCACCUGGUGUGGAACGCAGUGCCGGUGAGAUGUCUCUGGGCCACGUUGAUGUUUCUAGUGCCUUUUCUCCCUAUUCCACAAGACAGGUCUCACUGCAAGAGGAAGAUUUCAACAAGCUGCUGAAUCUAACUAAUUACAAUGUCCAGAAUAAUGCAAGCACAAUCAUGCAGGUUUUGCACAACACCGUAGAAAAGAAAAAACAAGCUCAGACAUCUCAGAUAUCUUCAUAA